AUGCUUGUACGUGCUGCUGUGCGAACGUCCCGAUUAUCUUCCUCAGCCAUCGCUCAGAGGAGAUUGGCUUCCUCGUUGGUGUUCUUAGAGCACAAGAAUGGGAAGUUGAAUGAUUCCAGUUUACAUGCUGUUACAGCUGCUCAAUCUCUUGGAUCGGAAACCGCUGGUAUUGUUGUGGGAUCCAAGAGCGAUGUCGAUGGUGUGCUUGAAGAAGUGAAAAAGAUCGACGGGAUUACCAAGAUAUACACUGCUGCUUCUGAUUCAUAUGCUCACGCCUUAGCUGAAAGUGUCGCCCCCCUUCUUGCCUCCGUUCUUCCCGCCAAAAAGAUUUCUCACAUUUUUGCGGCUCAUACCGCAGUAGGGAAGAACGUCUUUCCAAGGCUAGCAGGUAUGCUGGAUUCAUCCAUGAUCGCCGAUAUCAUAGCACUUGAAUCCUCGGGCGAUGUCUUCACUCGACCCAUCUACGCUGGUAAUGCCAUUCUCAAGAUCAAAUCUUCGCCGAAAGACGCUAUCAAGAUCGUGACUGUACGAACGACCGCUUUCGAUAAGGCAAAGGUCGGAGGUGGUAGUGCCUCUGUAGAGGAUGUAGAAGCCACUUCUACUGAUGCACCAACCAAAUACAUUUCCGAAGAAUUGACAAUCUCAUCUCGACCUGAUCUUUCUUCUGCGUCAAGAGUAGUAUCAGGCGGCAGAGCAUUGAAAUCCCAAGAAAACUUUAAUAAGAUUCUUGACCCCCUCGCGGACGCUUUAGGUGCUGCUGUUGGAGCUUCUCGAGCUGCUGUGGAUGCUGGUUACGCGGACAACUCGUUGCAAGUUGGACAGACUGGAAAGGUUGUCGCCCCCGAACUCUACCUUGCUGCCGGUAUCUCCGGUGCUAUUCAACAUUUAGCAGGAAUGAAAGAGUCAAAGAUGAUAGUAGCUAUCAACAAGGACGCUGAUGCUCCCAUCUUCCAAGUGGCUGACGUCGGCCUCGUUGCUGAUCUGUUCGAGGCCGUUCCAGAAUUGACCAAAAAGAUUGAGGGAGCUAAGGCAUAA